GAUUUCGUCUUUGCUGCCUGCGACCGAGCGAGCACAGCCGGGCGUUUGCAGGUAGCCGUGCGGGCGGUUGCGGUAGGUGGAAGGGUCAGGGGUGCCCAGGAUUUUGUAUACCGGGCUCCGGCCUCACUGCGAAUAUCACAGAGGGAACGGACUCAUCUCCUACCGAGAGUCCUUGGAGCCAAAGUGACCGAGGCCCGGGAUCUGGACACUUCGAGGCUCGCUCUGAUUCCAAAUGAAAAUGUUUGAGAGCUUUGACUCUACAGCCACAAGAUCUGGCCCAGAUCUUUGGGCUGAAAUUUGUUCCUGUCUGCCAAAUCCAGACCAAGAAGAUGGAACCAACAACACUUUCUCGGACUCCUUUGUGGAUUCUUACCCUGCAGGCACAGGUCAGAGGGAGCCCCCGGACUUUGCUGUACAGCAGGCCUCAAAGCCUUGGGCUCCCUUGCAGGAUUCAGAAGUAUAUUUAGCAUCUCUAGAAAAGAAACUGAGACGAAUCAAAGGUUUAAAUGAGGAAGUGACUUCCAAGGAUAUGCUUCGAACUCUGGCCCAAGCCAAGAAGGAAAGCUGGGAUCGGUUCCUUCAGGAAAAGUUAGCAUCCGAGUUCUUUGUGGAUGGACUUGACUCUGACGAGAGCACCUUGGAACAUUUCAAGAGGUGGCUCCAGCCAGAUAAAGUAGCCAUCAGUACCGAGGAGGUUCAGUAUCUGAUUCCCCCAGAAACACAGGUUGAGAAGCCAGAGGCUGGGGAUGAGCCAGCAGCAGCAGAACAAUAAAUUACAGAUACACACAAGCACACAUACACACCACACACACACACACACACACACACACACACACACGCCAAGCAGCUAUCUGGGAACAGCAGAAAGCACAGCAGCAGCAGCAGUGGCGGCGGCGGGGAGGAGAAUGCCCGACCUUCCACUCCACGAAGCGAACAGCUGCUACCUCCGAGAAUUUGCUUGGGGCGGACAUGUGUGGCGGUCUCAGAUAGGACUGUAAUUGUGCGCUGGAUCCAAGCCCUGCCUUCCUGUGUCUCACACUUGCCCAGGCUCUGUGGCUGCCAGGGAGAAGUCCGCUGAGUCAGGAAAGGAAAGGUCCAAGUAUGAACAGAUUUGGAGAAACUGAUGUCCUUUUUUGUAGAGUGAAUAAGUGAGCCAUAUUUUUUCUUGCCUCUUUUGGCUGUUCCUCUCCGUGUCCCAAGCACUCUCUCGGUAAGUUGUCUGGGGUGAAUGGAGCCAGAGAGAAUGAAAUCGGUCUUCUUGAAUUUUGUGUCCCCUCUGGGGCUUCUCGAACAAAUCCAUAAUAAAUAUGGGAACUUCAGAAAAAGAG